ACAUUACGAGGUUUAUUGUAAAACCUGCAAUACCUUUCAACAAAUUAGCCCCAAACUUUCCAUUUCCGGCAAUUCCUCUUCUCCUCUAAUUCAUUUCUCCCUUUUCUUCCUUCACUCCUCCUCCUCCAUUUCCCCUCACACAAGAAGAAGAACAAAAAAUGGCUCGUGGGAAGAUCCAGAUCAAGAGAAUCGAAAACCCUACAAACAGGCAAGUCACUUACUCCAAGCGACGCAACGGCCUCUUCAAGAAAGCCAACGAACUCACCGUUCUCUGCGAUGCCAAAGUCUCCAUUAUCAUGUUCUCCAGCACUGGAAAACUCCAUGAGUAUAUCAGCCCUGCCACUUCGACCAAGGAGCUUUUUGAUCAGUACCAGAAGACUUUAGGCGUUGAUUUAUGGGUCUCUCACUAUGAGAGAAUGCAAGAGAAUCUCAAGAAGCUCAAAGAUGUGCAUCGAAAUCUCCGGAGGCAGAUUAAGCAGAGGAUGGGGGAAUGUAUGAAUGAUCUGAGCUUUGAAGAACUGCGCUGUCUCGAACAAGAUAUGGAUAACGCUGUCAGGAUCAUCCGUGAACGCAAGUAUCGGGUGAUAACAAACCAGAUUGAAACGCACAAGAAGAAGUUAAAGAGCGUAGGAGAUAUACACAAGAGGCUUCUCCAGGAGUUUGACAUUGCAACAGAGGAAGAUCCACAUUAUGGGCUUGUAGACAAUGGAGGAGUAGGAGUAGGAAUAGGAGAUUAUGAUUCAAUUAUGGGGUUCUCAGGCGGUGGGCAUCCUCGCAUAUUCGCAUUGCGACUCCAGCCUAACCACAACGACAACCACAACCAUCCCAACAUUCACGUUCAUCAUCCUCCCCCUUCAGAUCUCACUACCUAUCCACUCCUCGAGUAGUUCAUUAUGCCAAAUUACCACUCUCUUUUACUAUAAUGCUUGCAUGACUUAAUUCCCAUGCCCAUCAAAACCCAAACUCACAUCUCAACUUUAUCUCUACAUAUAUGUUUUUAUUUUGUUCCCCUUUUUUCCUUCACUCACCUGUUGUUUCACGACACACCCUUUCGAGGAGAUUAUGAAUUGUUUCUAGCUGAUCAUAUGGGGUUUCUUUUCUUGUCUAAGUUUGUGAUGAGUGAUGACACAUCACGGGGUUAUUUGGAGACACACCAUACUCUCUUUCUCAACUUCUUAAUAAACCCUACCCAUUGACUUUGUUUUUCUUUGUUUCAUCUCAAAUAUUGCCUAUUAUAAACUCUA